GAGGAUCAGGACAAUGCCUUGGAGUUCAGGCAGCGGGAAGCUGCGCUGCGCAUGAAGGAGAUCUCUGACAAGAAGGCCGAGAUGGAGGAAAGGAAGCAGAUGGAGAAGGAGGCGCGCUUGAGGCUUGAGAAGGAGAUUGCCAAGGAGGAGUUCCUGAGGCAGAAGGAGGAGAGACAGCGGCAGGCCGCUGCGGAGGCCCGCCGCCAGAAGGAGCUGCACCUCCGCCAGCUGGAGGAGAUGGAGAGGAGAGGAAGCAGGCCGAGGCCGAGAAGCAGGACCGAGAAGAGGGAAUCCGCCUUCCGCGAACAGGACCGAGGCCCGGAAGGCCGAGAUCAGGGCCCAGGAUCUCAGGCGGACGGACGUGAUGGAGCAGCACAAGCAGGCUUUCCAGGAGCACGUCGAGAGGAAGAAGGCCGACCGGGUGGGAAAGACGCAGAGGACCGCAGAGGCCAACCUGGAGCUCGAGCUGCGGAGGCGCGAGGAAUUCGAGGAGAAGCAGCGGAAGGACGCGGAGCGCCAGGAGCGCUUGGACGCCUUGAGAGCGCUGGAGUUCGAGGAGAGCUCCAAGAAGGCAGUGCAGUCGAUGAUGAGGCAGAAGAUGAUCUUCGAGGAGUCCAGGAGGAAGCAGGAGAGGAUCGCCGCAACGCCAUCCUGGACCAGCAGGAAGAUGCCGAGUUCAGACUGCUGGAGCACGAGCAGAAGAAGGAGAGGUACCUCGAUUUCAAGCGCGAGCUCGACAGCUUGCGGACGAAGAACAAGGAUGGAUAUUCUGAUCAACGUGGAGCGGCAGCGCCGCAGGGAGAUGGCGAUGCGCGAGCAAGUCGCCGAGCAGGUGCGUCGGAAGGACGACAAGAUCGACGCCCUCAACAUGGAGAGGAAGAAGCUGUGGCAGAUGCGCAAGGAGAGGAGGUGACGAACACGUACAAAGCCCGCGAAAGCGUGAGGGCGGAGAUCAUGAAGCAGAGGAUCCAGUCCAAAUACAACUCGCGGGCUCUGGAGAAGAAGAUGCGGGAGGCUCGCCCUCACCAAGUCCCGGCACGCGGCCUCGGCGCCCAGUCUCCGCGGCUCGGGAGAUCGCUGGCCAUGUCCGCUGGCGAGAUCGACGAUAUGUCCGCCGCCUGAGGGCUGAGAGCUCUGCUGCGCUUGAUCAGAGGGCUCCAGCCAGCGUGGUACUUGGCAACCCCGAUGUUUCCUCCUCCUCCUCCUCCUCUCGUUGAAGUCCUCAUCCUGCUGUUCCCUCUCCUCCUGCUUCGCCCGUCCUCCUCCCUUCCUUCUGCCCCGCAGUGGUCUCUGCUCCUGUUUUUUGGCGUGUUCACCGCAUGCUUCUCGAUCCCUUCGUGCACUGACCUCCAAUUUCAGCCUGCACUGUGGCUGCACUGCAAACCUGCGAGCGCGUGUCACCCCCGGCUGUGA